GUUAGAUUCAUCAUAAAAGUGAUGACAGAACCAAGAGAAAUUAAUAAAGCAUUUGGCGGUAUUAAGAUGUUUUCGAGCUCGAAGUCGAUGAAGAUCACGGCGGUGUUUUUGCUGGCAGUAGUCCUAUUUCUUGGUGCAAUAAUGGAAAGAAGUGAAGCGCCAACACCAACUGCUGCCCAGUGCAAGAUGGAAAGGAGGCUUGGGAUCAAUGCAUGCAAACCUGUUUUGUACGGAAGCCGGCCGCCGCCGGAGUGUUGUCAGCGUAUCAGAAUCACUCACGUCGAAUGUGUUUGCCCUGUCAUCACUCCUCAGUUAGCCGCACUCGUCGGCGACAUCAACCGUGCCAUAACCAUUAUUCAAGGCUGUGGAAGGGUUGUUCCCCGCCACUUCAAGUGUGGUAGUAUCACAACCCCUUGAGUCAAGCUAUGCUGGUGCGGGGAGAUUGAGGCAUGAGAGUCCACCGAUCAUUCAUGACGUCUACACGUUUCUGUAUCACAUAUCUAGCUAGUACUAUAAUAUUACUCCCUCUGUCCCAAAAUUAUUGUCCAGUUUGAAAUUUCACUUUUAGUACAAUUUGAACUAGAAAUGAAAUC